AUGGUUCGAUUAAAUCAUGCAGCGUCGUAUUUCAUGCCCAUUUUCUGCACUACAAGGGCUUACAUAGUUGUGUUUUCUGCGUUGUUUAGCAUCUCGCUAUUCUUAUUGUUCUAUGUAUCGUCCGAGUUGCUAUUGCACGAGUACGAUGAUUCAUCGAUGUUCAAACCGAAUUCGCAGGAUUACUUCAGGACUUUUCUCCUGGGACUUUUUUCACCUUUUCUCUAUUAUUUCCUGAAGACAUUUUUGUUCAAUAUAAACCAGAGAUUUUUGAUUCUGAACCUGAUAGUGGAUUUUCCCAUCAAUGAUGCCUUCAUGCUUAUAAUACUGAUCGGGUUGGCAUACCCUCAGGUGCAAGACCAUGAGGGCACCAUCGCCAAGGGUAAGGAAUGUUCUUGGCAUAUCAUUCCAAGACAAGCCUAUAUUUUCGGUACAUCAUGGGCGUUGGGUGAGUUCACCAUAUGCAUAAUGGGGAAUUUGUUUAACUUCCAAGAAAUGGCCGAUCCAGAAAUGAAUAAUGGCUCAACACGUCAGGAAAGCAGUAACGCUCACUCUAGUAAGAAUAUAGAUUACAAGGAUGACCGCGGCUGUGGUACAGAACGCCACCACAAUUUCGUGAAAAGAAGUGACAUAACCUUAUCCAAGUGUAUUGAAGUAAGAAACGACUCAUCGUCAAUAUCGAACAACGUAUACUCCUCUGAGUACCACCCAAACAAGCUCCUACAAUCGUCGUCAUCCGCUUACGGCAGCAUACAACAGCAACCUCAUGAGAUUAAGAACCAGCCACAUGUGCCGGAUAGUUCACAGGACGAUACAAUUAUCAUGAUGAACCCCAUCGACAAUUCAUUGAAAUUGACAACUUUAGAUUCGGAUGAUUUAAUUUUUCCCUUGAUUGAAGAAGAUCCCGUUUUGAGGAAAUCUUUUGGUUACACAUGGGCAAUUCCCGAUGAGAAUACUCCAAAUGCUUCCAAAAGCUUUACACCCGUAAAGAGGUUUGUUGCAUUCACCUCAGCAUACCAAUUGGUCACAGGCAUAUAUUUAAUGGUAUUGGUAGUUGGUAGCAAUAUCAUGUUGACAAUUGGAGAAUCAUUGAUCCUGUCGAUGUAUUUUGUUUAUGUUCGCGGUCAUGAAGAUCUUUUUACACCCGUCGUAAAUUAUUUUGGUUCAAGAACCAUUUCAAACUUUAUCUUAUGCGUAAUAAUUCCAUUCAUUUCUCUAAACUUCCUCAUAAAUACCAUGAUAUAUCUAAGAAGAGAGUUGGACGAUUGGUUCAAUGAUUCACAAGUAGAUUUUGAGGAGGAGAACGAGCAUGUUGACAGUAAGAGGCAAGCCGCAAACCAUGAGUAUCAACAUCCACUGAGUGCCAAUUACACUGCGGUGGAUAAUCCCGAUUUAAUAAACAAUAGCUCAGCUCAUUUUGCGUUGAAUUCAGGCCAGCCACUAGACAGUACAACGUUAUAUUAUGGUGGCUCCAAUGGGUAUUAUGAUGAUAUAACUAAUGACUCAGCUUUAUUGAGAUUCUGCAAAAAACUAGUCAAAAUUUGGAGGGCCUUGGCAAGAAAUGAUAUGUUUGUGCUCGGAGUAAUGGUUUCCUGGGGUCUUCUUGUUUUCGUGAUUGGUAUAGUUUCAACAGUUUAUAUAUAG